UGCUACUAAGACAUGAACAGGCUCUUGAGAAAUGCUGCAAACGCAAUGUUGAAGAGUUACGCAAAACUGAUCCUCACCACCUCGAAAACACUUAUACUCAAUUUCCAUUCAUUCCCUAAAACCCUAACCACCGCGGCCUCACCCCGAGACGAGUACUUCGCGGUGAUUCACCACGUCUCCAACAUCGUGCGCCGCGACUUUUACCUGGAACGCACCCUCAACAAGCUCCGUAUCCACGUCACCCCGGAGCUAGUCUUUCGUGUUCUCCGCGCGUGCUCCACCGCCCCCACGCCCUCCCUCCGCUUCUUCAACUGGGCUCUAUCCCACCCUUCCUACACCCCCACCUCUCUCGAGUUCGAACAAAUCGUCACCACCCUCGCCCACGCCAACAAUUACCAAACCAUGUGGUCCCUCAUCCGUCAAGUCUCCCUCCUCCACCGUCUCUCCCUCUCCCCUGCCGCCGUCGCCACCCUCAUCGACGCCUACGGUCACCACCGCCACAUCGACCAGGCCGUCGAGGUCUUCAACAAGGCCGCCGUCCUCAACUGUCCCCAAACCCUCCCGCUCUACAACGCCCUUCUCAAAUCCCUCUGCCACAACCGCCUCUUUCACGGCGCCUACGCCCUCCUCCGCCGCAUGCUCCGCAAGGGCGUCCACCCCGACAAGACAACCUACUCUGUCCUCGUCAACGCCUGGUGCUCCUCCGGCAAACUCCGCGAGGCCAAGCUCUUCCUCAGGGAAAUGAGUGACAAGGGCUUCAAUCCUCCCCUUCGUGGCCGCGACCUUCUCGUCGAAGGCCUGCUCAAUGCCGGUUACGUUGAAUCCGCCAAGGGAAUGGUCAGGAAGAUGAUCAAGGAAGGGAUCGUUCCCGACGUUGUAACUUUCAAUGCCGUGGUGGAGACAGUGUGCAAGGAAGACGUUCAAUUUUGCGUUGAUCUUUAUCACGAGGUUUGUGCUUUAGGGAUGGUUCCUGAUGUCAACACUUACAAGAUUCUCAUUCCGGCUGUUUCAAAAAGUGGCUCCAUUGAUGAGGCAUUUAGGUUGCUCAACAAUUUCGUUGAGGAUGGUAACCGUCCAUUUCCUAGCUUGUAUGCGCCUGUUAUUAAGGCUCUGUGUAGGAGAGGGCAGUUUGAUGAUGCUUUUUGUUUCUUUGGGGAUAUGAAGGCCAAGGCACAUCCCCCUAACCGCCCUCUCUAUACCAUGUUGAUUACCAUGUGCGGUCGCGCUGGGAAGUUUGUGGAGGCCGCUAACUACCUCUUUGAAAUGACUGAGAUGGGGUUGGUCCCCAUCUCGCGCUGUUUUGACAUGGUCACUGAUGGGUUGAAGAAUUCUGGCAAACAUGAUUUGGCUAGUAGAGUGCAACAGCUCGAAGUUUCUAUCCGUGGUGUUUGAUGCAUCAUGUAUUUGCCUCUACCAUUAUUUACCAUUAUUGCCCAUGCCCUGCCUCUCUCAAGCUCAAAAGUUCUCUAUACAUUGGAAUAUAGAAUAACGUACAUUACAUAACACAUUGUGAAUGAAUGACCUUUGAAAACCUGAGCAAACCACAUUUGUGACGUGUAAGACGAGACAGACAGACGGAGCAAAGAGAAUGUUUUCAUUAUAAAUAUAUUACUAUCAUUUAGCACAUGAGUGUCCUGGGAAUAUGCAUUCUUUAUCUCGGAUGCAUAACCAUUUUUUUCUCUAGUUCCAAUACCAUCAGGUUUCUUCCCAUAAAAGAGGAAUAAGAAAUGGACCAAAAGCUCUGAAACCUAUCCCCGUGAUUGUCCUAUGCAAGCAAGACUUUGUCUGUUUCGCCUUAUUGUUUGCCAUUAUUUGGAAAAGUGAAAGUGAUGAUGGUGUUAGGACUUGUGAAGAUGGCUAAGAAGAAGAAAAUGGAUUGAGGCAUGACAAAGAAUGAUGGACUGGCCUCAUGCAUAUAGCCUGACAGCCGACACUCAUAGAAGAUCAACAUCAUAGCAGUCUUAGAAGCUCAACAUCUUAGCAUACAACAUGACAAACAUCAUAUAGGAGCUUGACUAGCAGUAUGAUAGCUUAGUAGUUAGCGUGGAAGCUGGACUAGCAUUAUAAUCAUUCUGACAGGAAGCAUGAGAGCUCAACAGGAAGCAUGAGAGCUCGGUUGGUAGUAUAACUAACCCGAUAGGCAGAAUGAAAGCUUGGCAGGUAACAUGGAAACUCUACAGCCAUUAUUUAUAUAUUUAAAAAUAAGGAAACUAAAGUUUGCUCUAUCCAUGGACCCAUGUUGUAAGCCCGGGUGAUUAUCAUCAUAAUGUUUGGAUUUUUAACGUUGUUAAACCUAUUUAUGAAUAUUGUAUAUUUAAAUUAUUUGUUUCUUUGAUUGAUUCUUAUAUAUUAUAUAAAUUCUUUGCAA